UAGGCCAGGUUCUACAAAGAAAUGUGAAUGCUCAACGUAAUUUUGGACAAGUGCAAACGCUUAUUACACCUGAUGGUACAAGAACUGAGUUUAAUUGUAUAUAAAAAGUUUGACCAAAUAGAUUCAUAUUCUAUAUCUCAUUUACCAUUCUAUUCUGAUAGAGGAUCAAGCUCUCUUACCAAAGAUUAAUUACGAGCCACCUUCAAAGAAAUGGCUUUGAAUUUGUUUCAUUAUUUUUUCAUUUUUUAUCGUACCGAUAUUUUUUGCUUUGUAGGAAACAUGUAUGUUGGUAUCGCAACUAUUUUUGUUGUAACUUGUAUGGCAGUAUAUUUGCAUAAAAGAGAAUACUCAGAGACAAAUUGUAAUAUUGUAUGACGGGUUUAAACAUAAUAAAAGACAUAUUCAUUAUUGUUUAAAUUACAUCUUGC